AUGGGGAACCAAGAGGAGGCUUCGGCUGCUCCAGAGGCAGAAUCUCAACGAAACGCAUCGCCAUCUACCGAAGCACCUGAUGGAGGUUAUGGAUGGGUCGUCACGACAUCGGUGGCCGUCGUCAACGGUCACUCUUGGGGCAUCAGCGCAGCCUACUCGGUGUUUUUGGCUCACUACCUGAAAGAAGACACUUUCCCCGGCGCGACGGCACUCAUGUAUGCAACUGUCGGUUCCCUGAGCGUUGGUGUCAUGAUGCUCAUCUCGCCGCUUGUCACCAUUAUCGUUCGGGAGAUUGGGACAAGACCGACCAUGGUCAUAGGUGCCAUUCUCCAAGCUCUCAGUCUCGUCUGCGCAAGUCUUUCGACGAAAAUCUGGCAUCUCUUCCUAUCACAGGGCGUUUUAUUCGGCAUUGGCAUGGGACUGCUUUUCCUACCUUCUUAUGGCAUCAUCUCUCAAUGGUUCACGAAACGACGCGCCUUGGCAAACGGUAUCGCCAUCGCAGGCGCAGGACUCGGAGGUCUCACGUAUUCGCUUGCCGUCGGGGCAAUGAUCCGCACCAUGAGUUUGGAAUGGGCGUACCGAAUCCUCGCCAUUGUCUCUGCAGUGGUAAAUAUCGUCUGUUCGCUCCUCAUCAAGACACGAUACGGUGCUACGGGGGCGCGGCAACUUGCCUUUGAUACCUCGCUCCUAAAGAGAAAGGAGUAUCUAUGGAUCUUGGGCUUCGGUGCGUUUAGCAUGCUUGGAUACUUCGUCCUCAUCUUUACGCUUGCAAACUACGCCAACGUGAUUGGACUCAACUCUUCCAAGGCUUCCAUGAUUCCCGCCUUCUUCAUGCUGGGCCAAGCCAUCGGCCGGCCUUGUCUUGGAUGGCUCAGCGAUCGAUACGGUCGGCUCAAUAUGACGACCCUCAUGACUUUUAUGACGGGCGUCUUCUCACUCGCAAUCUGGGUAAACGCCAAAACGUUUGGGGUACUCAUCACGUUCGCUCUCGUCGGAGGACUUUCGGCUGGCAUAUUCUGGGUCAACGCAGCGCCCGUCAUCGUCGAGGUAAUGGGCAUCGAGAACCUCGCAUCUGGAUUGAGCAUCCUCUGGGUAGCAAUGGUCAUCCCUUCAACAUUCAGCGAACCGAUUGCGGUGGAAAUUUAUUUAGGUACGGGAAGUUACCUUGGGGCGCAGCUGUUUACGGGCUUCAUGUUUGUAGCUGCGUCUUUGUGCAUGUUGGUCUUGCGCGGAUGGCAGAUUAACAGAGGGAGGAGAAAUGAUGACGGGACAUGGACAUGCUUCGAGGAGAACGGCGGCGAAAGGAAAGAAGCUGGGCAGAAGACGGUGUCGUUGCUCAAGUGCUUCAAGUGGGAAAAGGUGUAA